AUGUUCAAAAUUCGUGUUCUAAUUCGAAUUGGUGCUCUGUAUUUCCUUCUGUUUUUUCUCAUUUCAUUCUGGUACUCAUCAAAAGUUGAAUUGCAUGAAUCUAAUCUCGAAUCAAAGCAUCGCUUAGCAGUAAUUGUUCCGUUCCGCAAUCGUUCAAGUGAAUUAGAACAAUUUUUACCUCACAUGAAUGCAUAUCUCUCAUCACAAGCAAUCGAUCAUAUAUUCAUGGUUAUUAAUCAAGCUGAUACUCAUCGUUUCAAUCGUGCUGCUCUGAUUAAUAUCGGUUUUAUUGAAUCUCGAACAGUUGUGGAUUAUAUUGUUAUGCAUGAUAUUGAUCUUCUUCCGAUGAAUUCCCGAGAAUUACGAUACGAUUAUCCAGAGAAUGGGCCUGUACAUUUAGCAUCACCGAUAUACCAUCCGAUUUAUCAUUAUCCAACUUAUGUGGGCGGUAUCUUAAUGAUCACAUGUGAAGAUUUCGAACGUGUCAAUGGAAUGUCACCGUUAUACUGGGGUUGGGGUAGAGAAGAUGAUAACUUUUUCGUGAGAAUGAAACUUGCUGGAAUGAAACUUUACCGUCCGUAUAACUUAACAACGAAUUCGUCCAAUACAUUUGCUCAUAUUCACGAUAAGAAUGUCCAUAAACGUGAUUAUGCCAAAUACGGUCAACAGAAAGAAGAAGGUAGAAAAAUUUAUCCGGAAAUGGGAUUUAACACAACUAAAUAUACUCUAAUUAAUAAAAGUAUUCUAAAGACUAAAACGGGAGUGGAAUAUAAUAUGCUAGAUGUAAAACUUGAAUGUGAUUAUAAUCUAACACCGUGGUGUGACCAUCCAAUGACUACUAAUAUCUCGAAAUGA